UGUUGAACAGCAUGAUGUAGGAUUGUAUCACCCAUGCUUCUCGGAGAAAGAAGUAUGGAACCGUGGGAGAGCUUUCCCAAUCAACAGGAGGACACUGAUAGCUGUACAGAAUCUGUGAAGUUUGAUGCUCGCUCAAUGACCACUUUGCUUCCUCCGAAUCCUAAAAAUGGCCCAAGUCUUCAAGAGAAAAUGAAGUCUUUCAAAGCUGCACUGAUUGCCCUUUAUCUCCUUGUGUUUGUAGUUCUUGUACCUAUCAUCGGAAUAGUGGCAGCUCAGCUCCUGAAAUGGGAAAUGAAGAAUUGCACAGUUGGUUCAGUUAAUGCAAAUGAUAUAUCUCCAAGUCUCGCAGGAAAAGGAAAUGACAGUGAAGAUGCAAUGAGAUUUCGAGAAGUCGUUACGGAACACAUGAGCAACGUGGAGAAGAGAAUCCAAUAUCUUUCAGAUAAUGAGGCCAAUCUCAUAGAUGCCAAGAAUUUCCAAAAUUUCAGUGUAACAACCGAUCAAAGGUUUAAUGACGUUCUUCUCCAGCUAAGUUCCUUACUUUCCUUCAUCCAGGGACAUGGAAAUGUAAUAGGUGAAGUCUCCAAGUCAUUAAUAAGUCUGAACACCACACUGCUUGAUUUGCAGCUCAGUAUCGCAACACUGAAUGCCAAAGUCCAAGAGAAUGCAUUUAAACAACAAGAGGAGAUGAGUAAAUUAGAGGAGCGUGUGUACAAUACAUCAGCAAAAAUUAAGUCUCUGGAAGAAAAACAAGUGCAUUUGGAACAGGAAAUAAAAGGAGAAGUGAAACUGUUGAAUAACAUCACUAAUGAUCUCAGGCUGAAGGAUUGGGAACAUUCUCAGACACUGAAAAAUAUCACUUUAAUUCAAGGUCCUCCUGGACCUCCAGGUGAAAAAGGAGAUAGAGGUCCCACUGGAGAAGUUGGUCCACGAGGCAUUCCAGGUCCAGUAGGUCCUCCAGGUCUUAAAGGUGAUCGGGGAUCCAUUGGUUUUCCUGGAAGUCGAGGAUUCCCAGGAUCGGUGGGGAAGACCGGGAGGCCAGGAAAUUCUGGACAAAAAGGCCAGAAGGGGGAAAAAGGGAGUGGAAGCAUGCUAAGACCAGCAUAACUCCCUGAUCGUAUUAGGGCAGGCCCCUUUGAAGAUCAGGUGGGUUGGGCGGGACACCCUGUGCUACCAUCUCACUAAAAGGACCUUCACCUCUGGACAAGUCACAGCACAACUGAUUCCAAGAUCCCUUUGUGGCUCCUCCAAACAACCUUGGUUCCCGAGUGGUGCCCGGCUUCCGCAUGCCUUCCUCUCCUGAUCCUUGGUACUGUUUGGGUCUCUGCUCCCCUGCUCAUACCUCUCCCCACUCCAGCACCCCACCAUCACCACCGUCCUGAGCUGGGACGCCUCCCAUGUACUGACUGGCGGGCUGUUCCUACCUUCCUCAGUGCCAGGCCAGGAGCCCUCUGCCACCCACUCAUCUAGUGUCUCCUGAACCCAUCGGGUUCCAGGAGAAAUCUCAUGGAUACCGAUUAUAUGUGCAUUCUUUACCCUCAAAAAUACCAGUCUCAACCAGAGAUAGGGAUGCCAUAAAUGAAUCAGUUUGUUCAUUCAGCAUAUGUUUAUUGUGUACCUCCUGGAGCUGGACUUAACAGCUAAUAAGAUAGCUAUUGUCCCUGGACUUCCUGAACUAAUUGUCCCAGAAAGACAUAGACAUGGAAACAGGCAGUUAUAUAAUAGAGCAGAGGUAUAUGGGGGGAAGGAACAGGGCUCCAUAGGUGUUCAGAGUAGGUCAAGAUUUUUAAAUUCCUUAGAAUUUUAAAAAAGGUAAAUUGACUUUGAUUUGCUUAGUUUACAUUCAUGUCUUCUUAUUCUCCAAUUUAUGGCAUAUUUUUUUUCAAGUUUUAUAGUGAGGUCAAGUGGAGCUGGGGCAGUCCAUUCAACAUUUUUGAACCAAAAAACAAAACUUGUUUCCUUAAAAUACCUAGCUGUUUCAAGCAAGAAUAUU